GACUUCGAUCCCCCAGUAGCAGUGGUGACAGUCGAAUAUUUUUUCUACUUCUCUUCCUUCUUUCAUUCAUUCACUUCUUCCAACGAAAACCAGUGCCUGUUAUUCCCAGGUCACUUGGAAUUCCGUUCUGUGUGGCAUCUCCGAAGUUUCUCGUCGACCUGGAUGAAACGAGGAGACAGCAGGGAAUGAAGGAGGAAGUUGAUGAGCAAUGACGCAGCCAUCCUAAAGACGGCUUUUACCAGUAGUAAAAAAAUAAAAAAUAAGAAAGCUGCGCAUAUGCAGUAGUGCGUGAGCCUUGUACGGUCGAAUCAACAAGGUGGGGUCUGUCAAGUUUAUAAAAUAAAAUUCAACGGGAAGUGUACGGAAUAAAUGCUGGUUAACUGGAAGAAGCUGUGCUAGUGAGGAAAACUAAGGAAAAAUCGAGGAGACUGAUAUACCGUGUUUGAUUGCACCAAAGUUUAAGGCGAAAUAGAAGGCUGAGUCUGGUGUUGGGGCUGGGGCUCGGGCAAGGGCUGUGUCGUGGCGAGGGGUGAAGCGUCGGGGCGGAAGAGUGAAGAGAGAAGAGCAGAGCCGCUAAAGCACUGGACGGACGAUCGAUAAGAGGAGAAGCCUCAGAGGGAGAAGAGAGUGGUGCAAGCGCCGAGAGAAUCAUUAUGAAGGCGAUGGUGGUGAGUCCCGUGGGAGGCAGGGUACCUCCGAGUCGUGGUGUACUGCACAACGGAUUAGGAAUAAAUGGCACGAGACGAGACCUGGAGGCCGAGGAAGUUGCAGCCUACCUGACAAAGUUGCGUAGCCUGGUGCCAGACAUGCCCAGGAAGAGGAAGCUGUCGAAGCUUGAAGUUAUCCAGAGGGUCAUCGAGUACAUAUGUGAUCUGCAGAGCACCCUGGAGGAGACCAACGUCCAGGAGUCAACUGGCACCAGUAAGUCAUCCUCGAGGCAACCGCUUCAGCCACUUCUCAAUGUCGCCGCCACGACUGUCACCAUUGGCUCUGUCACUGGGAGUCCUAGCACCGUCGUCAACAACCCCGGAACUCCUGGUAGCACAGUAAACAGUAAUAAUACUGAUAGCAUUACCAGCAGAAACACUAAAGAAACAAUGGCGACAUCGAUGAGGGCGAUGCCCAUGGCGACGUCGACGCCGACGGCGUCUGCGUCAACAGCAGGCUCAUCUAGAAGCACCCUCGUUGAACGGUGACCGACGAUGCAGGAUACGUCCUCGGGGUUGUCGAACACACAAUCAUCCCCUAUAGCCUAGCCGUGUACCGUAUAUCGGCCUGGCCAUUCUCUUCUAUCGUUUCUGUAAAUAUUGUAUAUAUAGCAAAAGACUCAUCGCAUUCCUUAAGCAUCAGGAACUCCGUCACCUUUUCCCUUCAUAUUCUGUUAACCCUUGUAUCCCCCUCCUGUCCCUCCUCUAUUCAUCCUCUCUUCCGCUUAACCAUGAUUUUUACAUCCAUCUCUUCUUGUAGUCUCCGAUUGAAUAUCUCUUCCUCCGUUCGACGCCAUAGUUGUCCAUUGUGAGGAAGACGCCUAGUUCCAUCUGAUAGGAGAACAAAAAUUAUAUAAUUAUUUACUUCACGCUUGUAUAUAGAUUCUAUAAAAAAGAACGAAUUGGUAUCAUUAUGGACUUGGUUACUGUAAGAAUUAUUAUGCCGCCGCUCUUUACUCCCGAACUCUAUUACUAUUAUUAUUAUUAUUAUUAUUAUUAUAUUUGUUAUCACUGGAUUACGUUAUUGUUUUAUUUCUUUAUGCGUGUGUGUAUGCGUGCGUGCGAAAGGGAUGAAGUGACGAGAUAGUGAAGAGUGGAUAUAUAUAUAUAUAUAUAUAUAUAUAGAGUAGAGGGUUGCAGGCGACGAGAGGGAGCAUAACUAUUGUAUAUUCGCCAAGACUGAAAGGCUGUAAAUACGCGAUAAUUAGACGCGAUGAUGAUAUGGUAUGAUGAGCGCGUUAACUCCCUUCAGGAAGGACAGCGCGCAUGUUCAGCCAGUAAAAUAAAGAGAGACGUUAUGUCCAUAAAUAAAACUUA